AUGAGGCCUACUAUACUUCUAAGGUAUCUCAUGGAACAAAUGAAGCAAAUAUGGGAAGAUUUAGAGGAAGCUAAAGUUACAGGCGAUUACACCAGGCUACAAGAAUAUUAUGAAUCAACGUUCGGAUCAUUACUUGACAUAUGUGCCACUUUCAAGAUCAAUCCCGAUUCUGAAGGAGCGAAAGCUGAUGAUCCAGAACUCAGAAUGGACCUACUAUACGAAACCUAUGACAGUCUGAACGAAGUGCCUUCUUAUAUUAGCAAAGCAGCUCUGAAAGCUACCAUUGGAGCAGUCCUUGCAACAAAUAUCAGGUUGAAACCGAAAGAUGAAACGAAAGCUCUCUUUGCCUUAUUGCAAAAUCCGUUAUUCAGCAAUCAGGCUUCUUAUACCGUUUUUGCUCAUCUUUUUCGAAGAAUAGUAGGACUCAGUAGUGGAGAUCAUCAACUUCUGAUAAACUGGUUUUCUAGGCUGGAAGCGGAAAGAUUACGACAGCUAGUUAAAAGGAUUCUUCAGUUUAUAACUAUUCGUGAAUUUCCGCCAGCUAACGGCCACAAACUUCCAUCUAUGAGUAAGAGUCGUUGGUGGAUACCAUGUGCAACGAGGAUUUUAGCCCUCAUAAAUACAGCGAAUAGUCGAAACAAUCCGAAUAUCAUUCCUUACACUGAAUUCUAUAACAGUGCUCUGGACCACGUUAAUCUGAUGGCUGAAUAUUAUCGAUGGCAAAACCCGAAUAAGCACCACAAAUUUUCCUAUUGUCAGUAUCCAUUCAUUUUAAGCAUAGUGGCCAAAAAGAUGAUAUUACAAAGGGACUCAGAACAGCAAAUGAUUCUCAAUGCAAGAAGGAGUCUGAUGAGCAGAGCAUUACACCAACAGGCUCCGGAUAUUGAUGUAUUCUUCUUGAACCUCAAUGUUAGACGAUCUCAUCUUGUAUCAGAUUCCUUAAAUGAGAUCGCAAGAAAGCAGUCAGAUUUAAAGAAAAAACUGAAAGUGACAUUCGUAGGUGAGCCGGGUCUUGAUAUGGGAGGCUUAACAAAAGAAUGGUUCCUACUUCUGAUCAAACAAAUUUUUGAUCCAGAUUACGGUAUGUUUGUUUACCAUAACAAAUCCAGAUGUUACUGGUUCAGCACAUCUCAGUCUGGAAAUCUCAGGGAAUAUAACCUUAUUGGAGUACUCAUGGGUCUUGCUGUUUAUAAUUCCAUAAUUCUAGACCUCCACUUUCCUACAGCAUGCUACAAGAAAUUGCUCAGUCCCCCCGUUGUUCCUCAGAAUCUGCAACAUGCGAAUGUAGGAGUCUGGAAGUUUGGAAUUGAUGACUUGGCGGAAGUUAUGCCGGAUGUAGCCAUAGGACUUCGUGAAUUACUGACCUAUGAAGGAAAUGUAGAGGAAGAUUUCUGCAUGACAUUUCAGGUAUCUGUGGAAGAAUUUGGUGCAGUGAAAACUCACGUGCUUAAAACUGACGGAGAAAAUAUUCCAGUUACAAAUGAUAACAGGCAUGAAUAUGUGCACUUAUAUACUGAACUCAUAUUGAACAAAGCCAUAUACCAACCUUUUAAGGCGUUUUAUCUAGGCUUCCACAGUGUCUGCGCAUCCAAUGCAUUAAUCAUGUUAAGACCAGAAGAAGUGGAAAUGUUAGUUUGUGGAUGUCCAACUUUAGAUAUGGAUGAGCUACGCAAAGUUACAGUUUAUGAUGGUUUCCACGAAGAAGAACCGAUUAUAAAGUAAGUAUAAUUGUUUUUAAGUUAUAUGACAACAUUUGGUCCUAUAAUGGUCGCCCAAAUUGUAUCGAUCAAACUUCCAACAGGUUUCAGACUUGUCUCUUGAUGUGUGACUUUAGUAAAUAUGUACACAGAAUGGUAUCUGUCAGCAGCGAACCAAAUUUUAUCAACUAGGUAGGUCGGAAAAUUUUCAUCCUUCAAUUAAUAUCACCAUUUUCCAUCCAAAGUUUUGGCACUGAGAGGUAAACAAAGAAAAUAAAUGGGGAAUUUUAGAUUGAGGAAAUGUGUACUUUUAAAUCAGAGCAGGUCCUAACACUAGGUCUAUGAGAUACUCCGGAACCAAGGCGGUCGUAAAUAGAAACAAGCAGUACGUAAAUGAGAAGCUCAUUAAAACGUGAAAGCACGGUAAGUUAAAUUUCCCCCAAACACUCUAACUAUGUCAUAAUGUCACAGAUUUUCAGGUAAAUAUGUGCUGAACUAAAAAAAAAAAAAAAAAAA